AUGGCUAUGGCAUCAGGCACCCAGAUCAAAAGGCCUGCCUCAUCUGAAGGACCACAGGAUACUAAGCGUCUCAAGCGCCACUACCAUCAUCACCACCACCUCCAACAACCCGUUGCGUUAACGCCUGCAACCGAGCCAGCCGUGCAAGAUGAUGCCCACAUCGACCAUUUGAUGACUCGCGCCAUUGGCCAGACUUUGAAGGAAACUGGCUUCGAUGUGGCCCAGCCUGCUGCGCUCUCCAGUUUGUGCAGCGCUACGGAAGAGUACGUGCUGCGACUCUCAGGUUUCAUCCGUCAAUCUAUGCUAUCGUCCCGGCGUAUUCAGCCCAUCCCGAACGAUUUCGAACAUGCUUUGAAACGUGCCAAUCUCGAUCUCAAUGAUCUCCUACCUCAUCUCAAACCUGCGCCUUCAGAUGCCCCCACGCCUCAAUUCCUACCAUCACCUCCGCCCGAGAAUGAAAUAACGAAAUCCUUACCCUUCCUCACGGCGUUGAGUAGUGAGGAUGAUCGUGCAACUCGCGCCUACAUUCCGCAACACUUCCCCAGCUUCCCCAGCAAACACACAUAUUCUGCUACUGCGGUCUUCAUCGAGCGAGACGGUGAUCCACGGAAGAUUCGUGAGCGUGCAGCUGAAGAUGGACGGCAUGGUGAAGAGGCAUUGCGCAAAUUGGCUAGUGCCGCAUUCCGUGACAACCAAACGGGUUCGACGGGUCGCGACAAGAAACUCUGGGGUCGGAGAAUGGAUAGCAUGGAAAGCAUGUUCGAAAAGACGACCAAGGCAUUGGCGAAGAAGCUCGGCAAUGACAAGCAAAUACUUUCGUCCGGUCUUGGUUCUACAAUGGAAAUCGAUUCAGGACAGGUGGAUGCUGAGACCAAAGCUCAACUCAAGCUUUCCUGGAAUAUGGAAAUGGGCCCCAUCGUCAAUUGCGAGCGAGAUACCUGGCGCCGGACAACAUCGAAUACCCGACGAGGGGAGGAGAAAACCCCCAAGCCUGCUCUAAGCGCUGAGCCGAUGGAAGUAACUGGCAUGUAA